CUUCCGUCCUCUUUCUUUUUGUCCGUAAACAAGUCCGCGCCUCUCGACUCUCCAAGAUCUCUGAUCCUAAAACGAAGACAGAAAAUCAUUGCCCGCACCAAGAUCCACUGCCGCAACCUUCCAGGCCUCAUGGACGACGUCUACUAUGCGCUUCGCGCGAAGGUCCCCGAUCAUGCCCUAAAUUGGCUAAAAAAGUACGGUGA